AUGGGGCUUAUGUUUGAAGAAUUAGAAGAAAUCAGUAAAAAUAUUGAGAAGUCAAUAGAUUCAAGAAAAAAAGUGGAUCUUCUUAUUAGAAAAUCAAAAUUAUAUCUUAAAUUGAAAAAAGUUGAAGAAGCAGUAAAUAUACUGCUUGAAGGCUUUUAUAUAUCACCUGAUAAUGAAGAAAUUAGAAUUUUGCUAAAUGAAUUGAAUAAAGAGUUUGAAGGAGUUUUAAUAUUCUCAUUUGACUUUAUUAAAGCAAUUUUAUUAAAUAAUUCAAGAAAAUGUCAAGAUCAAGAAAUAUUUAAUUAUUUUCUAGGACCUAAUCAGGAUUUACGAGUUAAAAAAUUUAUUGAAAAUAAGGGAAUUUUUGAAUUGAUGGAAGGAUUUUCAAAAUCCUUGUAUAUUUUACAUUUUUAUCUUGUUGGACGUCUUAUUUUAAUGCUUUGUUCUUUGUCAGACCUUAUAUGUGAAUCUAUGAUUAAUUAUAUAAUUUCUAAUGAGCCUGAUAUAAUAUUUCUAUCAAAAGUUCCUGAUACUAUUAUUCAAACAAUAUUUUUAGUUUUUUGCAAAAAAAGUUUAUGGCCAUCUACAAGAACAUGGGAGUUUUCUUUGCAGAAUUUUUUCAAUAGCAUUAGCAAGGAAAUAAAAGAGUCGAAAAAAGAAAGACAGAUAACAUUACUGAAGGGCAUUCAUGAUAUUUUUUCUUUAGAAAAUGAAGUUUUUCGAGUUUUCUGUAACUCUUCUUCUUUAUAUAGUAUAUUUAUUCUAUUUGGGAAUAAAAAUGAUAAAGAUAUCAGGAAAUUAUCUUCCUUAUUAACAUUUAAAUUGAUUAAGCAAAAAAAAAAUGUUUCAGAAAAAUUUUUAGAAAAUUUUAUUUUUAAUUUUAUAAUUGGAUGUUUUAAAGAAGGCAGAAAUGAAACACUAAUUGGAGCAUAUUCAAUACUUACAUAUCUUUUUACUAUUGAUUCAUCAAUGGCUGUUACGCUCUUUCUAAAAGAUGGAUUUUUAGAAGAAAUAUCUUCAGAUAUUAAAAAUGAUAAUGAAGUGAAUUUAUUUCUCUUGGAAAUGAUUUCAUCUUCCUGUAUUAAUAUUGAUUGUCGUAAAAAACUUUUAGAAAUUUUUAUGCCAGUUCUAAACGACUUAAAAAAGCAAAAAAACAUCAAAAUUUAUUCAUUAUCUAAGAUUAUUAUUAUAAAACUAACAUCUCAGACGAAUAAAGAACAAAAUAUUAAUAAAGAAGACAUAUUAAAUCUUGCAAAAAAUCUUGUUUUAAUUAUUUCUCAGGAUUAUAAUGACACAAAUAUGUCAUUCAUUGAGGGUCUAGCUUAUGUUUCUAUGUUUUCUCAUGUAAAAGAAUAUUUAGCUUCAGAAGAAAAGUUAUUUAUAGCAAUUUCUGAAAGAGUUAAAAAAGAACCGAGUGACAUUAAUUUCAUUUAUCCAGCUUUCGUAUCUAUUAAAAAUAUUGUAAAUUACAAAUCCGAAUUAACUGAAGAACAAAAACAAAUAAUUAAACUUAAAAGUAUAGCGCAAGGAUCUUCAGAGAACAGUGAAGACAUUUUGGAAUCUAACGAAAAAGUCACAGAACGUUGUUUUAAAAUCAUAAAUUAUCAAAUGUCAAUGACUCUUAAUUUGGCUUUAUCAUGUCAUUCAGAUGCUAUAAAAACUUUAUGUUCAAAAAUAAUACUUUCAUUUUCAAUUGAGAAAAAACAUCGUAUUAUUCUUGCAAAACAAGGUGUUAUUCGAAUUCUUUAUAAUAUAAUAAAAGACUAUCAAACAAAAACAUUAUCAAUUGAGGAUUCUGAAAACAAUUUUUUAUAUCCUGCUAUAAUUUCACUUGUAAAAAUUCUUAUUACUGUUAAUCCGAAUUUAAUAUUUGAUCGAUCAAGAUUUCAGGUUGAUGAUCUCAUAAAACCCAUAUAUGAAUGUUUAAAAAUAUCAGAAAAUGAUAAUUCGAUAGUUCAGUUUGAAUGUCUUCUUGCACUUACUAAUUUGGCUUCUAUGAAUAUAGAAAUUAGAGAAAAACUUGUAUCUAUUCUUUGGCCUAUGAUUGAAUUAUUGUGGCUUUCAAAUAAUGAAUUGAUUCAGAGAUCAACGAUUGAAUUGAUAUGUAAUUUAGUUGCAUGUCCAUCUGGUGUAGCUAUAUUUAAAAAAAAUAAACAAAGAGUUCAUAUUUUAUUGGCAUUAGCAGAUUCUCCAGAUAAAAAUACUCGCUCUGCUGCAGGAGGUGCUUUAGCCAUUUUAUCUGAUGAUUUAUCUAUUUGUAAAAUAAUAUUGGAAAAAGAAAAUGGAAUUAAAAUUAUAUUAGACAUGAUAAAUGAAGAUGUUGAAGAUUUAAUACACCGCGGAUUAGUUUGUAUAGCAAAUAUAAUAUAUUCAUUAGAUUUUAAAGAUAAGGUGUUAUUUGAAAGACUAAAUAUUAUAGAGGAUUUAUAUAAAAUCAUAAAAAAAACUGAAAAUAAGGAAAUUAUUGAUUUAUCUUAUCAAAUUAUUGAAGAGUUACAAAAAAAAAUCAAGUACAUAAAUUAA